AAUGUUGAUUUUAUUUAUAAAUUUCUUUAUUCUUAUUUCUUUGAUUGACUCAAGUCCAUCUGCAAUUGACGGAACUGCUCUAACGUUCGAAGUUGAAGAUAACGAUAAAAUGUGCUUUUAUGAAUAUUUUAAACACACUAAGAAUUACAUUUGGACUUUUAAGGUAAUUAGUGGUGGUAAUCAUGAUAUAGACGCUACAGUCGAAUCUCCGAACGGUAAAAUUUUAUAUAAAAAGACGAAAAAACGUCAAGAUCAAUUUGACUUUGAAUCUACUUGGGGCGUCUAUACCUUCUGCUUCUCUAAUGAAUUCUCUACGGUCACUCAUAAGACAAUUUAUAUGGAAUUGAGGCCUGCCGAGCUGGAAUCUUUAGCUGAAGAGGGUGGAAAAAAGAAAAUUUCUUCCGCUAAUACGCUAAUCGAAGAUCGGUUGGAAUCUAUUCAUUCGGCAAAUAGUCAGAUUGUCGAAGAGCAAGUUCAUUAUAAGCUCAACGAAGCUGAAGGACGGCACAGUGCUGAAAGAUUGAAUAUGAUGGUGCAAAUAUAUGCUUUCGGUCAAGCUAUUGGUAUUCUAAUUACUGGACUUGGCCAAGUUCUUAUACUUAAAACUUUCUUUCAAGACGGAAGGCCUUCGUCGGCUUAUAUGAAAACUUAG